CUGCGGUGGGCGAGGACGGGGACCCCCCCGUACCCCGCCAGCCCUUGGGGGCACCAUGAAGGACCGGCUGGAGCAGCUCAAGGCGAAGCAGGACGCGGAGGACGAUGACACCGAGGAGCUGGAGAUCGCCGUCGACAACACGGCGUUCAUGGAUGAAUUCUUCUCGGAGAUCGAGGAGACCCGGCAAAACAUCGACAAGAUCUCGGAGAACGUGGAGGAGGCCAAGAAGCUCUACAGCAUCAUCCUCUCGGCCCCCAUCCCUGAGCAGAAGACCAAAGACGACCUGGAGCAGCUGACGGCGGAGAUCAAGAAAAUGGCCAACAGCGUCCGCAACAAGCUGAAGAGCAUGGAGAGGAAUAUUGAGCAGGAUGAGGCACGGUCCUCUGCCGACCUCCGGAUACGCAAGUCCCAGCACUCGGUCCUGUCCCGCAAGUUCGUUGACGUCAUGACCAAGUACAACGAGGCGCAGGUCGACUUCCGGGAGCGCAGCAAGGGCCGGAUCCAGCGUCAGCUCGAGAUCACCGGCAAGAACACGACAGACGAGGAGCUGGAGGAGAUGCUGGAGAGCGGGAACCCCUCCAUCUUCACCUCGGGGAUCAUGGACUCGCAGAUCUCGAAGCAGGCGCUGAGCGAGAUCGAGGGGCGGCACAAGGACAUCGUGCGGCUGGAGAGCAGCAUCAAGGAGCUCCACGACAUGUUCGUUGACAUCGCCAUGCUGGUGGAGAACCAGGGUGGGCUGCUGGAUAACGUGGAGCAAUACGUGAUGCACGCGGCCGAGCACGUGGAGCAGGCGAACCAGCAGACCAAGAAGGCGCUCCAGUACCAGGGCCAGGCGCGCAAGAAGAAGAUCAUGAUCAUGAUAUGCUGCAUCAUCCUCGCCAUCAUCUUGGCUGCCAGCAUUGGGAGCAUCUUCGCCUGAGACCCCCAACCGCUGCCCCUCCAGGUGGCCUUUCCUUCUCCUACCCCAGCGCCCGGAUGAUCCCGCCUGCGGCUCCAGCUCAUCGGAAACACCCCGACCGCCUGCCCCGGGACCCGCCUGCCAAGCCCUCGUCCCCGGAGCCUCGAGGACAUCCCUGCGCCGCAGCCCACGCGUCCCCGGAGGAACGGAGACCGCCCGCCCUGCUCUCCCCUUCCCUCCCGCCACCGGGCGAACGCCCCAAGGUCUCCCCUCGCUCCCCAUCCUCCAUUUGGCCGACGGUCAGCGACCCCUGCGAAAAGCAGCUCCCCCCUCCUCGGUGGCACGGAGCAGCCGGAGGAGCCGCGUUCCUCCCCGGGGCAGCGUGCGGGUGAAAUAGAGGGCUCUGCCUUGCUUGGGGGUGGAAGGAGAAGCC